AUGUCUUCAAGUGUCAUUCUCUGCUGUCUUGCGACUAGUAUCCCGAGGGGACACUCGUCCAACCUCCUUUCUCUCUUUCUUUCGGCCUUGGAUGCUCGUCUCCGACUCAACAAAGCUUUUCCCCUUCUUGCGGGUAACAUACCAACAAAAUUAGAACCAAUUAUCGAACUUCAAAAGAUUGAAAAGGAUAGUACUACGUCCCCCAAGUACCAUAUUCGUUAUUUUUUACUUACAGACGAUCUGGAAAAACAUAGGCCAUACAUUGAGAUGUAUCCAGGCGAGAGUUUUGGUGAGCUAGAAGUUCAAGCUGUGAUUCAAUGGGAAAAGGAACAAAAGCAAUGGUGGAGUAUGGAUAGUAUUACAGAUGAAAGAAGUAUUGAGGGGAAGCGAAGAAUGAAUAGUGAAUGGAGGGAGAGGAUCACUUGGCCAGGGCUCACCAGGGCUCACCAGGGAUUCAUUCUUUUUACCACGUCGUUGGCAUAAGAAAGAAUGAUAUUCUCACGGUGUCACUUGACGCAACCACUUUUUUUCACAACUACUGUGAUUUUAUCACUUGAUACUUAUAGCUUAGCAAUUUAUUGGGAUGGAUCCAAACAAAGCUUCCAUCAUGUUGCACUGACGGUUGAUGAGCUUGUUGCAAAGGAGGCAGAAAAUCUUGAGAGGAUGGUCUAAUUCUUAUGUGGAGCACAUCCAGGAGGACUGUAGCUUUAGUGUACGGGUAGAGAGACCAAAUAAUGAUCCUGA